AUGGCUUCUGAUAAAAGCUCCUCCGUGCAUGGUGCGGAAGAGAAACACGUAGAACAUGCACUCCACGACGGCGGAAAGGAUGGAGGUCUCAACGUCGCCGCCGUGCUGCAAGAUGUCGAAUCUACGGAACCUCYCCGAGAGUCUCCAGAGAUCCGCAGGGUUGUGCGCAAAAUCGAUCUUCGCCUUCUUCCCGUCCUAGCCACCAUCUACUCCUUUGCCCUCAUCGAUAGAGUCAACCUGCCGAAUGCACGCAUCGCAGGCAUGAACGAGGAUCUUGGUCUCUCGAUCGGGAACAGAUAUACUCUGCUGUCCAUGAUGUUCUUUGUACCAUACAUUCUCUUUCAAUUCCCUGCGAAUAUCGCGAUCCGAAAGAUUGGAGCGGGAAUCUGGUUGCCUGGGCUUGCAUCUGCCUGGGGUGCGGUGACUUUGGGAAUGGGAUUCACCAAGAGUUGGACGGUGUUGUUGGGAUGUAGAGUGCUUUUGGGGGUACUGGAGGCUGGGUUCUACCCUGGCUGCGUAUUCCUGCUUUCCUGCUGGUAUGUGAGAUUUGAAGUGCAGAAAAGGUUCAGUGCCUUCUACUUGCUGGCUUUGCUCUCUUCGGGCUUUUCGAAUAUUCUUGCAUGGGGACUCAGUCAGAUGGAUGGGGUUGGAGGACUGAGAGGCUGGAGAUGGAUCUUUAUCAUGCAAGGAAUCAUCACUGUUGUCCUCGCUGGAGUGGGCUUCGUCUUCAUCGUGGGCUUCCCCGAUCAAGCGACCCAWCCUGGUUUGAUCAUCAGGAAGCCGUUCAUGACGGUUGAGGAGUCGGCCAUCGUGCUCGCACGCAUCGACCGAGAUCGUGGAGAUGCYGUCGUCGACAAGCUAACGAAGCAGAAUGUUCUGAAGUACCUUGGAGAUUGGAAGCUUUGGGAAUGGGCCUGGCUCUACCUCCUCAACAACACAGUAACCUACUCCUUUGCCUUCUUCCUCCCCAUCAUCCUCAAGAACGAAAUGGGCUACACAACAGCCAUGUCGCAAAUCCUCUCUUUCCCACCUUAUGUCGCGGCAGCGCCUUGGAUGCUCUUCACGGCUUGGUUCGCGGAUCGCUAUCAUAAGCGGGGCUUGGUACUGAUCUGGAACUGUGGUGCGGCGAUUGUGGGUGUUGCUAUGAUGGGCUUUGCGUAUGAUAAUCCCGCGGCGAGGUACGCGGGUGUGUAUCUGGGAGUUUGUGGGGCGAAUUCCAACGUGCCGACUAUUUUGUCGUAUAUGCAUAAUAAUAUUGUCGGGCAGAUGAAGAGGUCAGUGGCGAGUGCGCUGCUCAUUGGAGGUGGUGCGGUCGGCGGCAUCGCUGCCUCCAACAUCUUCAGACAGCAGGACGCUCCUCGAUAUGUACCAGCUAUGAUUGCGGUGAUUGCCACUCAAGCCCUCACUAUCUUGCACGUCUUGAAGAACUUUUACGUUUAUUCGAGGAAGAAUCGCAAGGCUGAUCGUGGGGAGACUGUUGUGGAGGGACAGCAGGGUUUUAGGUAUACGCUUUAG